GGUGUGGUUCUAGCAUCCCUGGCACUCAACCUUCCAGAACACGGUUCCGAAAAAAAAAAGAAAAAGAAAACAUACCUACCGACCUACUUCUUCUCUCGAUCCCGACCUUCCGCUCGGGUUGAAACCAGGAUCGUCACGUUCCACAUAGUAGACUGAAGCCGGCCGGUACCUAGAAACCCCAAUAUCUCCCUCCCCAUCUCUGGCGCUCUCUGCCCAGCGUGGGGAACCCGCGAUUUUCAGCAGGCUAUAGCAUGACCCGUUCCUCGCCUAAAGUGCCGCGCGAAGCCUUCCCCUCCUCAAUUUAAGAGAUCUCAACCCGAUAUCCGUUGCCAGGCGGGGUUUCGAGGGCAGAUACCGUCUCUCCCAGCCUGCGGUUGGGCGCCACCGGGCAAAUUAGCAUAGUAGGCUUGGCCGCCACAAGGGGGAGACUCGCAAGCAACCAUGAGGCGGAAUAGAGUCCCGCACCCUCCGCCCUCACCCUACAGGGCUCUGGCUCAUCAUCCGGCUAAUGGCCAGCCCGCCGACUCCGUGUCCCUGAUCAGGUCCUUCAACAGCGAGACGAACCCGACCCGGCCGAUACGCCCCUCCCCGCUCGCAGUCUCGCCUAUACCUGACAUGCCGCUGGACCUGCUCGACCGCAUAAGAAACUUCCCGCUCUUCAUGUCCGCCCCCGAGGAAUUUCUCGUAGCCAUCGGCAAGCAUCUCAGGCCCCAGGUCCACUCGAUACACGACCAUAUCCUGACCGAGGGCGACGUAGCGAAGGCGAUGUACUGGCUGGUUCGCGGGGUGGUUGGGGUGACUUCGAGGGAUGGCGAGGCUGUGUACGCCGAGCUUAAGCCAGGCGCCUUCUUCGGCGAGAUCGGCGUGCUGAUGGACAUGCCUCGGACCGCCACCAUCGUCGCGCGCACAAAAUGCCUCCUCCUCGUGCUCAAGAAGGAGGACCUCUCCCUCGAGCUACCCAAGUUCCCUGACAUGGAGAAGGCCAUCCGGGAGGAGGCACACGAACGCCUGGCCAUCCUCAACAAGAAGCGGAAGGAGAGCGGGUACAGUCUCAAGGUGGCUAAGGGAUCGGUGACGGCUCGGGCCGGCAAGGUCUCCACCGGCGAGAUCGGUGCCAUCAACCAGGGCACCGUAGUCAAUACGAAAAAGAGGAAGUCUCCGAGCCCGGGUGCCAUCGAAGACCUGACCGCUGGCAGCGCGCUGGGAAGCGGCCUCGUAAACGUGCGGCAGACGCUUAAAGAGCUCCCCCUGUUUUCGACGCUCCCUCCCGACAUCCUCCAUUUUCUGGGGAUGAGCGCGCAGUCUAAGACCUACUCGCCCUUCACCGACAUCAUCCGCCAAGGGACGCUGGGGAAUGAGAUCUUCUUCGUCGUGCGGGGCGAGGCGGAGGUGAUUCACGAUCCGCCCCAGGGACAGCAGGAGAAGAGGAUAACCCGGUCAUCCCUGAUUACACCGCGUCUGAGACAAGGCCAAUAUUUUGGAGAAGUUGCUAGUCUGGGCCUGUCGCUGCGCCGAACCGCGACCGUUAGAUCCAUCACAGCCGUCGAAUGUCUGAUGAUCAGCGGGGAAGCCCUGAGCGAGCUGUGGAAGCGGUGCCCGCCUGAUAUCAAAAAGCAAGUCGAAGACACGGCGAGAACCCGGAUCAGAUCGUCAGACGGCGACGUAGAGAUGACGGACGCGGAGCCGAUGGGAAAUGAUAUCGCAUCGUCACCCGCAUCCCUGGGACCUACGCCACAGGUCAUGUUUACUAAACCAGCCUCCCCAGUCAAGGACGAGUCCGAUCAGAUGGAACCGAAGGAUCCGGACCCGUACCUCAGCGUCGACAUGGAGAAUCUCAGGAACCGUCGUCGAGGGUCUCUCGCCCCGCCAACGCCCACCAGCGAAUCACCUACCUCGCCGACGUCCAACGGUCUCCGCAUGCACAAACUCGACACCUCGUCGCCGGUCAGGCUCCCGCCGCCCUACACCCGCUCGCCAGACUCGGAGGUGCCCGCGAAGAAGGCCAAGAUCCAGUCUAAGCGGCCGCUGCCCGAUCAGAAACCCGUGCUCCCCGACGACAUCCUCGAGACUAUUUUCCAGUUCCUCGACCUGGCGGAGCUCCUGCGCCUGCGGCAGCUCUCGACGCACGUGCGGAGGCUGCUGGCGACGUCGCCGAAGUUGUGCGCGCACGUAGACCUAACGCCGCACAACCGGCGGGUGACAGACGAGGCGCUCAUCAACGUGAUCGCGCCGUUCGUCGGCCCGCGGCCGCUCGUCGUCGACCUCAGCAACUGCUUCCACAUCACGGACGAAGGUUUCUCGGCGUUGUGGCGCGUCUGCGGCCGCAAUGUCCGCGUCUGGCGCAUGAAGUCGGUCUGGGACGUCUCCGCCAACCAGAUCCUCGAGAUGAGCGAGAAUGCCAAAGGCCUCGAGGAGGUCGACUGGAGCAACUGCCGCAAGGUCGGCGACAACCUGCUCGCUCGCGUCGUCGGCUGGGUCAUCCCCGAGCCCCUACCCCCGCAGCCCGUCGCGGCGAGUGCCGCUACCGCUACCGCCAUGGCGAAGCAGACCGUUGCGGCGUCGAAUUCGACCGAUGCUAACAGUGCUAGUGCCAAUAACAACGCGAAGGCCAACGCCAAUGGUGGCUCCCCGCGCGCCCGGACACAGCAGAGGCCACAGGCACCCCCCGUGGUCAUCCCGCCGCCGGGCACGGUGAUCGGGUGCCCGAAGCUGAAGCGGUUGGACCUGUCGUACUGCAAGCACAUCACGGACCGGUCGAUGGCGCACAUGGCGAUGCACGCGUCGGGGCGGCUGCAGUCGCUGACGCUGACGCGGUGCACGUCGAUUACCGACACUGGGUUCCAGUCAUGGGCGCAGUUUCGCUUUACGCAGCUGUCGCGGCUGUGCCUCGCCGACUGCACAUACCUUUCGGAUAACGCGGUCGUCGCACUCGUCCACGCGGCUAAGGCCCUGACGCACCUCGACCUCUCCUUCUGCUGUGCGCUGUCUGACACGGCGACGCAGGUUGUCGCGCUUGGCCUCCCACAGCUGCGCGAGCUGCGCAUGGCCUUCUGCGGUAGCGCCGUCAGCGACAGCAGCCUAGCCUGCGUAGCCCUCCACCUCAACGACCUCGAGCGCCUCAGCGUCCGCGGCUGCGUCCGCGUCACGGCCCAUGGUAUCGAUAGCGUUCUCGACGGCUGCGGCCGCCUCGCCUGGGCCGACAUCAGCCAGUGCCGCAACCUCGAGCCCUGGAUCAAGGCCGGUGGCGUUACGCGCUGGGGGUAUGAUGAGAAGGCAACGCCCCAGCUACAGCAGGACACGAUUUCUUCCCCAAAGGGCGGCGUAUCGCGGAGUCGGCGCGGUACCACGAGGCCACGAGUCGCGUUCGUAGUCGAGAAGGGCCCCGGGGGACUCCGUUAAGGACCAGGAGGUCGCCGCGUCUACCACCUGUCAGCCAGCGUGCAUAUCAUAGUUUUGGCCUUUAGUCUUUCUUGGCUACUUGCGUGGGCAUCUACGAUGCUCUACGGUUUAUGCCUACUCCCGUGCACCUUUACGGUCCGUGUCAACUUUGAAUGCGCCUUGGGUAAGAGGAAGAAGGAAGGGGGAGAGUGGGGAAUUUUCUGCGCCUCUCACUCUGAUACAGGCACACUCGUACAAACAUAGCACCGGGACGGACGGCGAUC